GUAGAAGUAGCUGCAAAGUGCGAACCGGCUGCUACAAUAUAUAUAAGUCGAGCCGGCGUGCAUUCGAAAUCGCACAACACCGUAAAACGUAAAACAACCGUAAAAACUUCUGGGUUUACGGAUUAACUUUUUACGUAUAAAGUAUUGAUUUCGCGAAUAGGCUGUGAAUAGUACGAGUUGAAACUUUUGCAAUUUGCAUUGCAGUCACACUUCCGGAAGCCUUCGUUUGAAAAGGGACUACAGCAUUAUAGGGGAUCAAAUUACAAGGAAAUGCCAGCAGUCACCAUUUUUGCGGUUGCCUUGCUUAUGUUGGCAGUCUUAUUCUUAUGGAAUGAACGACGGAAGCGGAAAAAUUUGCCGCCUGGUCCACCCACAAAAUGGCCGAUCGUGGGCAACGCAUUCGAACUUGGACCUGUCGCCCAUGUCACCCUGACGGAAAUGUCCAAGCGGUAUGGUCCCGUAUUCCGGCUGAAACUGGGACUGGAUACUGCUGUUGUUUUGAAUAAUUAUGAAAAUAUUAAGAAGAUGUUCUGUCUCGAAGAAGCCAGCGCUCGACCAAGAGGAACAAUCGCUGAUUAUAUCAUCACAUCGUACGGUUUGGUACUGUGUGAUGGAAACCUUUGGAAAGAACAUCGCCGCUUCGCCAUGUCGGCUCUCCGUCAACUGGGCAUGGGGAAAUCGUGGUUGCAAGAACAGAUUCUGGAUGAAACAGAUGUACUGAUCAGGGCCUUUGCCGAUACCAAAGGUCAGCCCGUCGAUCCGGCGCAUUUGGUGACGAAUGCCAUCUCCAACAUCAUCUGCGCAGCGGCAGUGGGAAAACGUUACAGCUAUGACGAUGAGUACUUCCAGGCGCUGCUGCAAAAUGAACGCCUCUACACCCAGCAGUUUAACCAGAUCAGUCCACUGGAUCUCUUCCCCAUUCUCCGCUUUGUACCGCCCUUCAGUAAAGUCUUCCAGAGGCGGCUGGAGGUAACGGACAUCCGAUUGACGCAUAUUGACAAAGCCAUUGAGGAGUCCAAGAUGGCCGGACAACGUGAUCCGGAACGCAUGGAUUAUGUGAAUUUGUAUCUUCGUGAACGAGAGCGACAGCUGCAAAAUGGCGUGAGGGAUACCACGUUUGAUGACAAGCAGCUUCGGUACUCGGUGAUGGAUCUUUUUGGAGCGGGAACGGAGACCACUUCAUCGACGAUUCUUUUGGGAUUGAUAUGCAUGGUGGAAAAUCCAGAUGUUUUAAGAAGGCUGCAGGAAGAGCUGGAUACAGUGGUCAGACGAGAUGAGCCGGUUCGCUUGGAACAUCGGCCUCGCUUGGCAUAUAUGGACGCCACCAUUUCAGAAAUACUCCGUCUGCACGCCAUAACACCACUGGGACUUUUUCACCGCACCACAGAAUCCGUUAAAUUCGAUGGCUACGAUAUUCCGUCGGACACCCUCCUGGUUUCAAAUCUCUAUGCCGCUAACCAGGAUCCAGCAUUGUGGAUAAAUCCGGAAAAAUUCGAUCCGCUGCGGCAUAUUGAUGAGAAUGGGAAAUUCAAUAAGUCCCCGUAUGUUGCUAGUUUUUCUAUUGGAAAACGCGCUUGUCCAGGAGAGGCUUUGGCGCAGUGGGAACUCUUUUUGGUAUUUGGAAAUAUUCUUCACAAAUUUGAUUUGAUUGUGCCGGAUGGAGAAACGGUUUCAUCAGAGAAUGUUACGAUAAAUAAUACAAUCAUGCCUAAUCCAGUUAAACUUAUUUUCAAGCCUCGCCCACGUGAGAACCGAACAGCAGUCUCCAGAUCCAGAAUUAAUUCAACGUAUUUCAUCUGCUGCUGUGCAUCUCGUUUAACAAAAAUGAUUGCUUGGUUCCUUGGUAUCUUGAUUAUCCUGCUUUUGGUGGCGAUUAUGUUCAAUUCACUGCGGAUUUGGAAGGACCAGCGCCUUCCACCUUCGCCGUUUACCGCAUGGCCCAUAAUUGGGAACGUUCUCCAUCUCGGUCAACUGCCGCACCUGAAAUUGAUGGAAAUGUCCCAGCGCUAUGGACCUAUUCUUCGACUAAAACUGGGAUCGGAUGUGGCGGUAGUCUUUAGUGACUACGAACUACUAAAAAAGGCCUUCAGCCAAGACGAAACCAGCGGGCGCCCGAGAAACACAAUCACCGACGUGAUGAUUGGAAAUAAUACAGGACUCAUAUUCAGUGACGGCAAUUUGUGGAAGGAGCACCGACGAUUCGCCUUAUCCACACUGCGCGACUUAGGAAUGGGUAAAUCCUGGUUGCAGGAGCAAAUUCUCGAUGAAGCCGACCGGUUGGUAAGAGCGCUCGCCGCCACUCAGGGUCAACCGACGGAUCCCCUGCAUUUGGUGACGAACACGAUCUCCAAUAUUAUUUGCGCAGCGGCAGUUGGGAAACGCUAUAACUACGACGAUGAAUACUUCCGUGCUCUUCUGCGCAACGAACGAAGCUUCGUCCAGAUGUUCAACCAGAUCAGCAUGCUGGACCUUUUCCCUGUUCUGCGAUUCGUGCCACCUUUUCGAACUCUCUACAAGAAACGACUGGAAGUUACGCAGAUUCGGUAUGCUCAUAUUGCAGCGGUCAUUGACGAGGCAAAAAAAUCCCCACUGGACAAUGGUGACAAAAUGGACUACGUUAACAUGUUUCUGAGCGAACAGCGUCGCCAACGGGAAAGCGGUGUUGCCAACAGCACUUUCGAUGAUGAACAGCUCCUGCAUUCCAUUGCCGAUCUUUUUGGAGCUGGAACGGAAACCACUUCGAACACAAUUUUAUUUGGAUUGCUAUUUAUGGUCGAGAACCCGGCAGUUUUUAGACGAGUACAAGACGAGCUGGAUACAGUUGCGUCGAAGAACGAACCAAUUCUCCUGGAGCAUAAAGGUCAUCUGCCCUACACUGAAGCAACCAUCUUGGAAAUCCAGCGCCUUAAUCCCAUUGUUCCCUUGGGUGUCCUGCAUCGGUCAAUGGAACCUACGAACAUCAACGGCUACCGUAUUCCUGCUAAUACUCUCCUGAUGUCUAACAUCUAUGCCAUUCAUCACGAUCCAAAGCUGUGGAAUGACCCGGAGGCAUUCGAUCCGUCGCGUUUUCUGGAUAACAGCGGCAGAUUUAACAGAUCUCCACACGUAAUCCAGUUCUCAGUCGGAAAACGGGCUUGCCUUGGAGAAUCACUGGCUCUAAUGGAACUAUUCCUGGUUUUUGCUAAUAUCCUUCACAAGUUUGACAUCGCAGUUCCAGAAGGAUCACAUGUUUCUUGGAAAAAUGUCACAGUGAACAUCACCGCAAUGCCAAACCCUUUUCGAUUGAUUUUCGAACGACGUACUUAAAUUAAAUGUUAUAGCGAGAAAUUAUUAAACUUGUGAGUCAUGCGGGGCUAAAAAUGGCACCGUAUACCGAAGUAGCGGCGAUUACCUUAUAAGUUCGGGCCUGUUCGGCUAGCACAAUGGAUAGCCUUUUUGCAUGACCUACAGAGUGCGUGUAGAUAAGUGUAGAAAUUCCGUUUUUUUACUACGAUAAGAUUUUGGAUGGCGGAACACCGGAUACAGAAUUUAAUAGUCGCACA